AUGUCUGUGGUAGUGGCUGGUCAGUCGAUAGGUACUGAGGAGUCGCGCUGUGUUGCAGGCAAGGCGGUGCCGUUCGUGGAGCUGACGGUGGCGCACGCGUCGGUGCUGACCAUCCUGGCCAUCAGCUUCGAGCGCUACUACGCCAUCUGCGAGCCGCUGCGGGCCGGCUACGUGUGCACCAAGGCGCGCGCGCUGCUCAUCUGCCUGCUCGCCUGGGCCCUCGCCGCCCUCCUCACCAGCCCCAUGCUGGCCAUUUCGCAGUUCGCGUACCACCAGUACGCGGACGGUUCGCUGGUGCCCACGUGCCUCAGCGAGGCGGCCGCCCUCUGGCAGAAGCUGUUCUUCACGGUGUCCAGUGCCACCUUCUUCGCGGUGCCGGUGGCGGUGCUGCUGGCGCUCUACGGCAAGAUCGCGCGCCACCUCAUGGCCGCCCCGGGCGCUGCCGCGGCGCCGCCGGAGGCGGGCGGCAACGUGCGCGCCCGCCGCCAGGUGGUGCUGAUGCUGGCCACGGUGGUGCUCUCCUUCUUCCUGUGCCUGCUGCCGUUCCGCGCCUUCACCCUCUGGAUCGUGUUCGCCAGCAGCGCGUCGGUGCGCGCGCUGGGCAUCGAGGCCUACUACAGCCUGCUCUACUUCUGCCGCACCAUGUUCUACCUCAAUUCGGCGGUGAACCCCAUCCUCUACAGCCUCAUGUCGUCCAAGUUCCGCGCCGGCUUCGCGCGCCUCUUCGGCUACCGCGAGCGGCAGCUGGCGCUGCUCAUUAGAGGGAGUACAGUAACCCGUCUUUUCACGUUUUAUUUCCGGUGUUUUUCAUUUCUUCUUCAGCAGAACACCCAAAGAAAUUCUGGUUGGAAGCGUGUCCGCAGCCCGGUGACGGCGCUGUCGUCGUACGAGCUGGCGGAGUACACAGACGGCAGCGUGGUCGCCAUCUGCCUGACGGAGGCGGCCACCUUCUGGGCGGCCGCCUUCUUCGUGGCGGCCAUCUCGCUCUUCUUCCUGCUGCCGCUCGUCGUGCUGGUGGCGCUCUACAGCGUCAUCGCGCGCCACCUCAUGGAGGCGCCCGACAUCGUCCAUCACCACCAGCACAACCACUACCGUUACCGGAAGCAGGUGGUGCUGAUGCUGGGCACGGUCGUGGUGUCGUUCUUCGUGUGCCUGCUGCCGUUCCGUGCGCUCACGCUGUGGAUCAUCGUGGCGCCGCCGGAGGCGCUCAUGUCGCUCGGCAUGGAGGGCUACUAUAACCUGCUAUACUUCUGCCGAACCAUGCACUACCUCAACUCGGCGGUGAACCCCAUCCUGUACAACCUCAUGUCGUCCAAGUUCCGCAACGGCUUCGCGCGUCUGUGUUGCGGUCGACGGCGCUCCAGGCGCGCUGGCGGCUCCGAACCGCUGGGCCGCAAGGGUACCGCCACCUCUAGCACCGCCGCCACCAACACCACGGCCGCCACCAGCGGCACCACCGCCACCAACGCAACCACCGACGGCGGCUCCCGGCGGCACUCGCGCUGCCGCGGCAGACGCACGUCGGGCAGCGCCAACGGCGUCUGUGGUGACAACUCUGCCCCGCGAGACAGCUAUGUUUGA